UCAAAUUAAAUCAAAUGUUUGCUGAACUUCAUCCAAAUAUUCACUUUGAUUAUUAAAAUAUUUACUAAGCAAUCAGGAAAUAAAUGCCCAACAGAAUUUGACGAGAGUUUCCUAAACUGAACAGAAAUCUAGCCGUUAAGGUCGAGAUUAGCAUUUAGCGCGCAAGUAACAAGGUUUAUCAUUUAUGAGAAGGAAACCAGAACGGCCUAAUCAAUCCUUCCUUUCUACUUCGCUUUCGCUCCUUAUUACCCAGGAUCACUCCCGCCACCGCCAUCUUCGCGGCAAAACUAGACCAUUGCCACCGCCAUCUCCGCGGCAAAACUAGACCAUUGCGUUAUUUCCCGACAUCAGUGAAUCGUUUUCCCGAUUCCCCUCCACCGCCGGCCGCCGUAAUGGGAGCCGGAAAGCGGAACACAGAGAUCAAGAAAAUUGAGAACAAAUCAGCGAGGUACGUUUGCUUCUCCAAGCGCCGCGAGGGACUGUUCAAGAAGGCUCAGCAAUACCACAAAAUCUCAGGGUCCCUCAUUGCGGUACUGGUCUUUUCUCCUACUGGAAGAUCCUACGUCCAUGGCUCCCCUUCCUUCGACCCCAUCAUUGACCAAUUCCUUCACAGCUCCACCGCGGCGUCAAUGACGACUAUGACAGCCGCCGGCACCAGCAGCACCGGCGGGAGCUGUAUGACGGAGCCCUCUGUUUCCGACUCUGCCUCUACUACUAACAACGUGGGUUUGAGAGAACAGUUGGAGGCGAUCAAAUUGGAAGGGUGUGACAGUUUGGAGGAGCUGGUGGAGAUGAAGAGGAAACUGGAAGAGGUUAGAGAGACGGUGCUAUGCAGUUUCGCGGACUCGCUCAUCUCUUGAGCAUUCUACAGUUUUCAAAGAGGUCAUUUUGAUAUAAUGAUUGUCUAUUUUACUUGCCUCUAAAUAUCU